UAUGGCUGCGCCCAUGAUGAAGAAGAGGCGACUCCCAAAGCCCCGGGAUUGCCGGCUCCGACGUCGUUCGCAUGGACCGCAGCGCGGAGUUCGGCCGAUGGAAGACGCAGAGCCUGAGCAAGGCGGACCUCAGCCGGAAAGGCAGCGUGGACGAGGGCGCGGUGGAGGUUGUGGAGCUCCUGAAUUCGCGGGACGAGUUUUUCACCACCAGCUCCUGCGCAGGCCGCAUCCUCCUCCUGGACGGGAGCACAAAUGGUUCUGGGGUUCAGAAACAGCACUGUUGCUGGCUACUGGUCACACACAAACCUUGUGUAAAAGAUGAUGUGAUGGCAGCUCUGAAUGGCACAACCAGCGAUGCUGUUUUGAAGUUUGAACCAUUUAUCCUCCAUGUGCAAUGCCGGACACUGCAGGACGCACAGCUCCUGCAUUCAGUAGCAGUUGACUCUGGCUUCAGGAACUCCGGCAUCACCGUGGGAAAGCGAGGGAAGACCAUGCUGGCUGUCCGUAGUACACAUGGACUGGAAGUUCCUUUAAGCCAUAAGGGAAAACUGAUGGUGACAGAGGAAUAUAUUGAGUUCCUGUUAACUAUAGCAAAUAAGAAAAUGGAGGAGAACAAGAAAAGAAUUGGAAGGUUUUAUAACUGCCUACAACAUGCUAUGGAAAGAGAGGCCAUUUCAAACCCAUGUUCCAGGAUCAAAGAGAAAAAUAAUCCACGUUUUACUCACAAGAAUGAAAGGAACCAAGGAAAACGGCAUGACCUUCCCGCUACUCAAGACAGCGAAAAGGAGCUUGCAGAGGACGGCGGCCUGGAACUCACAGCCACGCUCUUCCAGGGAGAUGACUAAGUCCUGGCACCGAGUCGUGUCUGGUACGCGAAGAGGCUGCUCUUUACAAGAGUGUCAUGGUUUGCCGAGCGCAUCCACCCUUCAGGAGCCACGAGUUAGCUUCUCUCUAUUUUAGAGAAACAUAGAUGUGAAUGGCUUUUCAGCAUAGCGUUGUCUACGUUUGCUCUCUGAAAACUGCUCUUGUAAACACAUUCGGAGGCACUCCACAAAUAAACUCAUAGCCUCCUGGUCUGUUUGUGUGAAAUAGG